GCUCCACCAACAAAUAUAACAGCUAUGUGGCCUGGGAUUGCACAACAGUUGCUUGUAAAUUGGAUGCCCCCAUCUAUCGACUAUGCAGACUUCUUGAUUUAUGAAGUUCGUUAUGGUGCCAAGGAUUCCAUGCAGCCACCACUCAGGAUUGAAGUGAAAAACAGCUACAUGUGCCAGCUCAAGAAUCUACUCCCAGGGCAGCAGUACCACAUCCAAGUCCGCACCAAGCCCGAUGGCCUCUCUCUUGAUGGCAUCUGGGGACUCUGGUCUCCAGCAGUGAUAGGAGAAACACCACAUCUUCCUGAGGUAAUUGGUCUGCACUGCUUCACUCCAGACUUGCAUCAACUGCACUGUCAGUGGGACAAGAAGCUCAUGGGUUCCGGCCCCUUUCACAGCCUCUUGUACUGGAUGGAAGGCAACAGCAGCAGUACAAGAGGGCAAGCCUGGCAUAAAUGUAAGAAGGAAGACCCUUUUUCCUGCACAUGCACCUUCCAACCCAGUAACACCAAUUACCUUUCUAUCCUGGUGACUAUCAGCCAGGGUGAGCAAGAGGUCAGCUAUUUUGAAGAGCCAUUCAAACUGUACCACGUAGUGCACACUGAUCGCCCAAGAAUCCUGCAGGCUUCGGUAGACAGAGAUAUACUAAGACUGGAGUGGGCCUCCCCACUGGAAGAGAUAGCUGAGCACAUGGUAUAUCAGAUACGGUACACAGUGCAGGACACCUUGAAAUGGAAGACUCUGCAGGUUCAGUAUUCAAACACCAGUGAAAUUCAUCUGGCCACCCAGGAUUGCUACUGCCUUCAGCUUCGUGCUCAGCCAGAUGGACAGAAGUUCCGUGGGGGCUGGAGCGCCUGGUCAGAAUUAGUGUGUGUUGACGUCCCACCUGGUGCAGAUUCCGUGAUUAUGAUUGUGGCCAUUGCACUCUUGCUGUGUGCAGGACUUGUGCUGGGACUGGGAUUCACCUGCCUCUCUAAUUACAGUAGUAGUGUGAAACAAAAGCUCUGGCCACCUAUUCCAGACUUACACCAUGUCCUGGAUGGAUUCUUCAAGGAUAAUGGCAAGCAACAGCAGCAGCAGGUAAAUGCUUUAUUUUGCAACAAAAUGUUGGAGGAUGUGCCUUUGACUUCCUUGUUGGAAGUUCUAUCUGAGAUACCCCUGGAAGCACCAAGCUUUGAUCCUCUUCUAGAUACAAUUUCAGUGGAACAGGCAGAAUGGGGCAGCCAGCCUUCUUCCCACCAGCACUACAUGGUGCUGAGUUCUAACAAUCCCCAAGGCAGCCACCAUGAAAAUGAAUACUUUGAUGACACAAAUGAUGAUGGAAAUGCUUUCCCACAGUCCUUGGAACAUGAUCUACACAUAAUGUCAGAGCCAAUGAUCCAAAUAACAUCCUUUGCCAUGUUGAAUGUACCAUCAGAGAUUAAAGAAGAAAGAAGACAGGAAAAUUCUGAGGACCAAGCCACAUCUGUCACUGACAUUUCAAACCAGACAUAUUUGCUAAUGGGCUGAUUGUGUCUGCCAUUAGGGGACUACACAAUGAGAAAUUAUUAGGUCCUGUGAUGUUUGUAAUGCAAUACAAGCAAUUUUGAAUUGUAGGGCACCUGUUGAGCCAUUAUUCCCCCAGUCUGUUUCUUGUAGACCUACUGGCUUUAGCAGCUGAUUGUAUUAGAGCAGAGUUGGACAAUUUUUCAUGGCCAAAAGCUGCCCUUAAUUUUUGGAAGGCAAUGAUGCAAAGCAGCUAAAGGUGUACAGCAUUUCACAGGAUUUUUUUUUUCCUGAUUUGAAGGGGAAGAGACUUACACUACAAUUUUUAUGUGUUUCUCAUUUCAAAAUGACAGGGAAUCAUACUGCCAAAUUCUGGUAGUUGUGGUCAAAGGGAACUCUGAUUGCCGCAAAAGGAUUUGAGGAUCUGUGGCCUCAGAUUGCGCACCCAGGCACUAGACUAUGAGGUAGAAUGUGGAACUUUACCCCAAGACAUGCCCACAUUGCAUCUGGUAAUCACAGAUUUCCAAAUGCAAAGUGAUUCUUACAAAGUUGUGUUCCAGUGAUUUAUAUGACAACCUAAAGUAAAACAAGCUCUUCUAAAUACUUUCUCCAUUUUGGAGAAAUAGGAUCAACUACCUUCUUGCAAAGUAAGCAAAUGCUGAAAGAAUUGCAGGAAUAAAACUGCUUAGCAUAACCAGAAGCAGCUGAACGGUAAAUGUACCAUGCUGAGCACAAAAAUACAAACAGCAAUUUGUGAGAUAAGCAUCACUCUAUGGUGGGUCACUGUAAAGUUCAUAUCUGUCUGUUGCACUCAUUUUAAAUCACACAAAUUACUACUGACCUGUACAGAUUAGGAUUCACUGUUACUAUUUGCAUUGCCAUGGCUGCUUGUAAACACAAAUGUAAUGUUAUUUGAAUAAUGCAGCUGCUGUAGUUCACAGCAGUUAAAUGACCUUUUUUUUUUCAUGGGGAUCAAAUUUAGGUGUUCACACAGUACUGAUUAACCUUUGAAAAUUCUUUUUGCUUUAAAAACAGAAGGAUGAUAAUGACCCAACAUUUAACUGAAUAAGACAGUAAUCUAAACGGAGUAAAGGAAAAGCAAAUUCUGCUGGCUUAAUUUAGCCAGGGCAAGAGGCAUGUUCUUUCUGUUCUGAUGCUGCCCCUGUAGCAGGCAAAUUAACUGUAUGAGCUGCAAUUCAACAGUUAACGGGGACCAAUUCCUGGGCUCCUCAGAAGUCCUUUGGAUCCAACUGAUACAAGGCCUCAGAUGGUCUUACUUAAGAUCUAUGGGUGGAAAUUCCACAGAAAGGUCCAGAGCAAAGGGUAUUUCUAACUGAAGGAAGCAGAUGGAGAACUAAAUCAGUGUUGCAGUUGAUGGGAUGACCGCAGCCACCUGAUGUGUGUGAAGGAAGCAAGACUCUUCUGAUGGGGAAAAUAUAAACAGCAGCUACAAUUUUAAGGUGACACUGUAUAUAUCACUUUUAUAAUAAAAUGUCAGCAAAAGAGUUGGAGAUGCCAGUUCCAAUGCCAGCUAGAGAAUUGGAGAUGUACUGAAUUUAAAUGUACUCUCUUCUCACUGGACCAGGUUGGAGCAAGGAAGGAAAAGAAACUGGGAUCUGAGGCAGUGUAGAAUAAGUACCUCUCAUUUUCCUUGUAUGUUUCCUAUUUAGAUAAAUAUAUUCUGUGAGGCCAACCAUUAGAAGAAUGGCAAUUAUAUCUAGCGUAAUAACAAAUGUAGAUAAGCACAGCAAAUUUCCCCAAUGGAAUAGUUGUCCCAGAAAUAUUGAAAAUGCAUUUUGCAAAAUGCGUAUAAGAGUAGGUGAAGGAUUAAACGUAUUAAGAAAAGCACACAAGUAGAACAUGGAGGAUUUUUGCAAGAGUAUUCAGAAUGAGAUGGAAAAAAAAAAAAAAGGAGCACAUACAGCAGGUAAUGUUCACUUGCUCAUCUGUAGUUGGUGAACUACAACCUUCAGCAUCUCUCACUAUUGACCCUGCUAGCAGGACCACCUGAAAAUAAUUCAGCAACAUCUGAAGGAUUGGAGGAUCCUGACCUGCCUCAUUGGACUUUUAGUUUGGACCCAUUUUUUAAAUGGCUGAGUUCAAAUUGCAUUUGCUAAACAGCUUCUUUACUACCUAUUUCGGUCUUUCUUGUA